AUGGCGGAACCAAUCCCGUCGGCCUCGUCGGCCGCUGCAGACGCGGCAGAUGACGAAACGUCCCAGAAUCUCCCUAACAACGCCGAGGACCGCAAGGCCGCUGCGGCGCUCAACUCACUGAAUGCGAACGAGAUGUCUACCGAGAAUGGCGAGAGCGGGACGAGACAACCUUCUGCGGCCGACCAAGAGGCACUGGGAAAGGCCAUGUCGAGACUGGAGAUCGCUAGUGGCCUCAGCAAGAAGAGGGAGGACAAUACCAAAGCUCAGGCGAAGAAGGAAGUAGAAGUGAAAAAGAAGGUCAAGAUCGCGGCCGAGGACGUGAAUUUUCUGGUCGAAGAGCUUGAUCUUUCGAAGAAUAAGGCUACAGAACUGUUGAGAUCGCAUGACGGAAAUGCUACACUAGCCAUUAACGCCUUCAUCAUUCCCGCCGCAAGAGCAUGA